GGGCUGGUUCCUGGGAGGGAUUUUCUUCCAAGAAUUUUUUGUUUGUUUGUUUUGGUUUGGUUUGGUUUUUUUUUUUUUGGCUAAUGGCUUAAAGGCGAGCGGCUGAGCUCGGCCGGCGCUGUGAGUGCCCGUGUGCUCUGUUCGCCCUGCAGGAACCCGCCCGCCGCUGCUGGGGAUGGCAGCGUAGGAUCCCGGCAGGAUGGAGACCUUCCUGGCCUGCCUGGCCACCCUCCUGGCCACCCUCCCGGCCAUCAGAGCCUGUCCCCGGCCCUGCGCCUGCCGCGGCUCCGCCGAGCUCCACUGCACCUUCCGCUACCUGAGCGCCGUCCCCCCGAGCAUCCCGCCCGACGUGCAGCGCAUCAACCUGGGCUACAACAGCCUAAGAAAGCUCAGCCCCACGGACUUUGCCGGCUUGGAGAAACUGGAGUUACUGAUGCUGCACAGCAAUGAGAUCAGCACCAUCCCUGAGAAGGUGUUCAGUGAUUUAUAUUCACUCCAGGUUUUAAAAAUGAGUUACAACAAGGUCAGAGUGCUUCAGCAGGAUGUUUUUUAUGGCCUGAACAGUUUGGUACGGCUGCAUAUGGACCACAAUCAAAUUGAAUUUGUGAAUCCCAACGUUUUCUAUGGACUCACUUCAUUGAGGUUGGUCCACCUGGAUGGAAAUUUACUUCAGCAGCUGCAUCCAGACACUUUUGUCACCUUGCGCUACAGUCAAAUCUUCAGAAUAUCCUUCCUGAAGCACAUCUCUCUGUCUGACAACGUGCUGACUUCACUUCCACAAGAAAUGUUUUCCUACAUGUCAGAGCUCGAGAGCAUUUACCUGCACGGAAACCCCUGGUCCUGUGAUUGCAGCCUGCAGGGGUUUGCAGAGUGGGCACAGGAGAGACCAGAUGUUAUAAAGUGCAGAAAAGAAAGAGGUUCUGGCAUCCAGCAAUGCCCAGUCUGUGCUAGUCCCAAAAACCAGAAUGGGAAAAGUUUAACGGAUCUUCCUUCAGCAUCUUUCAUCUGCACUAAGCCAGUCAUCCAUGACUCCCUGAAAUCCAGGAACCUCACGGUGCCAGAUGAUGGGGAUUUCAGUUUUGUGUCUCCCAAGGACUUGGUAGCUCCAAUAGGAUCUGUGGUUUUGAAUCUGACUGACCAAGCAGGAAAUCGAGGCAAUUUGGUUUGCAAUGUCCAGGAGCCAAAGGAAACGUCUCCCAUCUCCGUUGACAAAAACGGCCACAGCACAGUGCUCAAAGCCUCGUUCUCAGCAUUCCUGGUGUGUGGCAUCGAUUAUGGACACAUCCAGCAGCUGUGGAGCAUCCUGGCACUGUACAGCAAUUCUCCUUUGAAACUGGAGCAAACCGCGCCGACAACCCACGUGCCUUUUGUUAGCUACAAAUACAAGCAGAUCUACAGUGAGAAAGACGACCUGUUCACCGGCGUCGAGGCCGUGCUGCGAGCUGAGCCGGCCUGGCUGAUGCAGAGGCGAGUGGCCCUGCAGCUGGACAGGACAGCCACCACGCUCAGCUCGCUGCACGUCCGCUACUCCACCCACGCCCGGCUCAGCCUGCCCAGCCAUGACCCAAGCCAGGAGAGACACACCUGGGCCAUCAUUUCCAGGGACAACAGCACCCAGACGGAGCACACUGUGCUGGUCGGGGGCACCGUGGAACUGGAGUGCCAGGCAGCUGGGGAGCCAGCUCCUGCCGUGCAGUGGGUGUUGGCCGACGGCAGCAAAGCGCGAGCUCCUCACGUCAGUGAGGACGGGAGGGUCGUAGUCCUCAGGAGCGGGGUGCUGACGCUGAGGACAGCUGACGUGUUUGACACGGGGCUCUACCACUGCAUCAGCACCAACCACCGCGACGCCGACGUGCUCACGUUCCGAAUUACGGUGCUGGAUCCUCACGUGGAACACAGCGGGGUCAACGGAGCCCGGCUGUCGGCUGCUCUGGGCAGCACGCUCCACCUUCCCUGCACCUCCACGGCUGGCCCGGACCCUGCCGUUACCUGGGUGUCACCUGAGCACACGGUUCUUCACCAGUCUGUAGGAAACAAACAUAUUUUUGCAAAUGGCACCUUGAGAAUCCAAGGGGUGACAGAGAGAGACGUGGGCUACUUCCGAUGUGUCGCAGCCAACCGGUACGGUGUUGAUCUUCUGGUUUUCCAAGUGCUCCUGAGACAGGAUGAAACUGCUCUGAAGAAAAAGCUUGCAGCUCUGGGAGAGUGGGAAGAAGGCUCUGGCAAUGAACUGCUGCGCUCUGCUGCAGCACAGAGACAUCCCUCAGCCACUCCAGCCACCCCGGCAGCUCCUGGGGGAUCUGCUGCUGCAGCAGCCAGCAGCCAGGGCACGCAGAGCACACGUCAGAGGAACAGCCACAGGAAAACACCUCACUGGCCUCACGGAGACAGAGCAGGCAGGCGGUUCAGGGCACACAGGAGACAGUUUGUUUCCUCAGGCAGGAGAGUUGAUCCACAGCGCUGGGCAGCCUUGCUGGAGAAAACAAAGAGGAACUUGACAGUGACAGACAAACGAGGAGAAGUUGAGACAGCACCACCCAUUCAAGUCCACAAGCUCUCGGAGGCACCCGAGGAUGAGGAGGACACAUCUGGUGAUGUCAUAUCUCCAGAAGAAUUCAUGAUAGCAGCAGCAGAGAGAUCCCCAGUACCUGCUCUGGGGAGAGCAGCAGAACUCAUGAUCACUGCAGGGCCCGAGGAGACUGAGAAUGCCACCCCUGCCUGGAGCAGCUCCCUCCUGCUCACAGAGCCAUCAACUCCCCUACCCUCACCUCUUCCACACCCCAUGGCACCUGCCAGCGAAAGGCCACCGACAUUUCCAAAACCUACAGACUCAUGGGAAAAAUCUGAUUUGAGUCAAAUAUCAGCAAAUGGUGUAGAACAAUCAACUGUACCAAGCAGAACAUCCACACUCUUCCCUGCUGGGCAAAAGUCAAUAUAUUCUGGGGAAAGCAAUAACCAGCAUCUAAAGUCUGCAUCCAUGACACCCACCACAGAAGCUACAGGCACCAGCAGGGCUGUAACUCCCCAGAACACAGCAGACAAGUUACAUAUUUUUACUGAGUCUAUUGAUAAUGUCUCCACCAAAACAGAUCACCAGGUGCCUGUGGUGACAGUCAAUACACCGAGCUCUGAAUUUGGCCCCAUUUAUUUUCAUAGUACUCAGAAAGGAGGGACCCCUAAUCCACCACUGGCCUCAACUUUGGCUGCUCAUCAGCAAAUUCAGGUUAUCCAGGAUGUUCCAACUCACCCACCCCAGCUCCAGCAGCACCACGGAAGACGAAGGAAAAUUUCUGGUCGGAGACGAAUUGUUACACCAGGAUAUAUCCCAAGCAUGAAAGAGCACAGAUACAAUUUUGGGAGGCCCGGGUCUGCCAGAGGAAAUACAGCUGUGGCCACAGGUGUUCAACUGAAUAUGAACUCUGUAACGAGUGUACCAAACUUAAAUAAUUUAAGCAGUUCCAUUAAUCCAUUUAGCCCAGAAACACCCCAGUCCUCCCCCCCCACCAUGAAUAUGGCAUUGGAGCACCCCAAGGGUACCCAUCAAAACACAGCACUCCUCAGGGAAGAGGAAAAGAAACAUAAUGCAAGGCAAGAAGCUGUUGCCACAGUCACAUCUGUCACUGCAAAGGACACUGCCACUACUUCAGCCAGUGGAUUGGUUGCCAUGGGCUUGAAGCCAACAAUUACACUUGUUACUGCUCCUCAAAUCAGCACUAGAGUCACCAAAAGUAAAAUACUCAGAGUGGGAGGAAGGAGAGGUCAGAGGAGGAAGAGGCCUCCUAAAACAGCUGCCCCACAGCGUGUGGCUGCAGCCUACAGCAGUGCAGCCACUCCGAGCCUCGCACACGCAAAGCCUCUCCCUGGGAGCGUCGGUGCAGGCUCCAUGACCAGAACAGCAGCGCUGGGGGUCCCUGGCAGCCCCGAGGCACCUCAGCACAGGCCCACGACAGCCACACAGACAUUAGCAACCCUGGGCACCUGCAGGAGCACCCAGGCAGCAACGUCACUGCUGGGCAGUGUGACCGCUCAGAGCCCCACCACGGCACCCCAAAGCACACCAGUCACACAGAGGAACACCCAGCUGGCCACAUCACCAGCUGCUAGUCCUGCCCAGACCCUCACCAUGGGUCUCCAAACCUCCCCAUGGCUGGACGAGCCCCCUGGUGCCACGAGCGCCCGACCUGCUGCAGCCAGUGCCACGGCAGGGCCAGUGCCUGCUCAGCACAUCACAGCCACUGCCACGGCGGGAGAAAAGCCCAACCUGAAGAUGGGGGAGGGAGCUGUCCAGGAAAAGCAGGCAGCGCAGCCCACACCCCCAGCAAGAGCCGUGCCAAGGGCUCCUGCUGCAGCCACUGCUGCCAGCGCCCGGCACCCCUCCCCUCUGCCAGCCCCCACCACAGCCACCCCGAGAGCCUCCUCGCCCCCGCGGGGGGAUGGCCAGAGCCAGCUCCGGCCCAGGACACCUCCCGAGGGCACAGAGAGGGGGAACACACUGCACUCACCACAAAUCACAGCUCUGUGGGGAAGGGACAAGGACAGCUCUGCCAGUGCCUCGUCUGACAGGCAACAAGAUCAAGACACCACCACCAUCCCCAAUGCCAUCACCUCAGGCUCUGCAAGCAGAAACCAUUUUUCCAAGCCCAGAAUAGUCGGAGGGAAGUUGGCUGCUUACACUCUGCUGGCGAAUUCUGAUGCUUUUAUUCCUUGUGAAGCUACUGGGAACCCCCCUCCAACAAUACAGUGGACCAAGAUACCAUCAGGGCGCGGUGCCGUGGGGGCUGCCAGGUGGGCAGUGCUGGCCGACGGGACCCUGGCCAUCGCCCGGGCGGGGCCGCAGGACGCGGGCCUCUACCUGUGCACUGCGGCCAACGCGCUCGGCGUGGCCCGGCUCCUGGUCACGCUGGCCGUGCUGGCCUCGCCUCCCCGCAUCGCCGGCGGCCACCGGCGCCUGCUGACCGCGCACUCCGGGACCAGCGUGGCACUGGCCUGCAAAGCCCAGGGCUGGCCCCCUCCCGACGUCUCCUGGCUCCUGGCGAACAGCACCCGGCUCUCGCACUCCUCCUCCUCCUCCUCUGCGAGUGGUCGAGCCCGCGUGGAGCCGGACGGCGCUCUGGUCAUCCGGGCGGUCACUGUGUACGACCGGGGCCUCUACACCUGCCUGGCCACGAACCCUGCGGGCUCCGACUCGCUGGCGGUGAAGCUGCAGGUGGUCGCGGCCCCUCCCAGCAUCCUGGAGGAGAAGAGACAAAGCGUGGCAGGAGUGGCGGGGGAGAGCCUGAGGCUGCCGUGCACGGUGCGGGGGAACCCCGAGCCCACGGUGCACUGGGUGCUGCCCGGCGGCACGGCGGUGAAACCUCUGCAGCUGCUGAGCUCCAGGCUCUUGGUGUUCCCCAACGGCACCCUGCACCUGAGCAGCCUGGCCCCCUCCGACAGCGGCACCUACGAGUGCAUAGCCACCAGCUCCACGGGCUCGGACAGGAGGGUGGUCAGCCUCGAGCUGCAGCGCGCAGAGACGCUCCCGAAAAUAGCCAUCUCCUCUCAACAGCUGACCCGGCUCGAUUUUGGGGAGAGGUUGCUUCUGAACUGUACAGCAAGUGGGGAGCCCGAGCCCAGGAUCAUCUGGAGGUUGCCCUCCAAGUCUGUUGUGGACCAGUGGCAUAGAAUGGGAAGUCGGAUCCAUGUCUACCCCAAUGGAUCCUUGGCUAUUGAGGCAGUUACAGAAAAAGAUGCAGGUGAUUAUCUGUGCGUGGCAAGAAACAGGAUUGGGGAUGAUCUGAUACUGAUGAAAGUCAGCAUCACAAUGAAACCAGCCAAGAUAUACCACAAGCAGCAGCUCAAGAAACUGGUGCCGUACGGGAAGGAUUUCAGCGUGGACUGCAAGGCCUCAGGGCUGCCUGCACCAGAGAUAUCCUGGAGCCUGCCGGAUGGGACAGUGGUGAACAACGCGAUGCUGGCGGAUGACAGCGGGCACAGGGCUCGCAGGUUUGUCCUCUUCAACAAUGGCACUCUGCACCUCAACAAAGCUGGAGUGGCAGAGGGAGGAGAUUACACCUGCUACGCCCAAAACAUUCUGGGGAGGGACGAGAUGAAGAUCCACGUCACUGUUGUUGUGGCAGCCCCUCAAAUAAAGCACAAUUACAAGACACACGUUACAGUGACAGCAGGGGACACAGCCCUGCUGGACUGUGAAGCUGCCGGGGAACCCAGGGCACAGAUAUUCUGGCUGCUGCCUUCCAGUGAGGUGAUCUCCUCGUCCACAGACAGGCACUCCCUGCAUGCCAAUGGCUCGCUCUCCAUCAGCCAGGCUGGUCUGCUGGAUGCUGGGGAGUACCUGUGUGUGGCUCGGAACCCUGCUGGGGACGACACAAAGCUGUACAGGCUGGAUGUGGCUGCUAAAGCCCCCAUCAUAAAUGGUCUGUACAGGAACAAAACAAUCAUGAAGGUGACGGCAGUGAGGCACUCGAAGAAACACAUUGACUGCCGGGCAGAAGGGACUCCUCCUCCUCAGAUUACCUGGAUCAUGCCUGAUAACAUUUUCCUAACAGCCCCAUAUUACGGGAGCAGGAUUGUGGUGCACAAAAACGGGACGCUCGAGAUCCGCAACAUCAGGCCCUCAGACACAGCAGAUUUUAUCUGUGUGGCACGUAAUGACGGGGGAGAGACUGUGCUGGUGGUGCAGCUGGAAGUCACAGAAAUGCUACGGAGACCAAUGUUCAGAAACCCUUUCAAUGAAAAAAUAAUAGCAAAGCCCGGGAGAACUCUCACGCUGAACUGUUCCGUGGAUGGAAACCCUCCCCCGGAUAUCAGCUGGAUGCUGCCCAAUGGCACGUGGCUUUCCAGCAGCAUCAGGACAUCCCAGUUUGUCACCGGGAGCAAUGGGACCCUGACCAUCUCUAACCCCGAGAGACACCACGCCGGGCGCUACCGCUGCGCUGCCCGCAACCAGGUGGGCUACAUCGAAAAGCUGAUGGUGCUGGAGGUUGCCCAGAAGCCCGACAUCCUCACCCGCCCUGCAGGGCCGGUGAAGGCUGUCAGCGGGGAGCCUUUGUCCCUUCACUGCCUGGCCGAGGGGAGCCCCAAGCCCCGGGUGGCGUGGGCACUGCCAGGGGGCCGCGUGCUGGACCGGCCGCAGGCCAGCGGGAGGUUCGUGCUGCUGGAGAACGGCACCCUGCUCAUCCGAGCAGCCUCGGCCCAGGACUCGGGCAAGUACCUGUGCAGGGCCCACAACGACGCUGGGGACUCCUCGCUCACCGUUCCCGUCUCGGUCACAGCCUACGCUCCGCGCAUCGUGGGCAGACCCCCCCCGGCCAUCCACACCCUGCCCGGGGCUGCAGUUCAGCUCCACUGCGUCGUGCUGGGCAUCCCCAAACCAGAAAUCACCUGGCACUUACCUGACGGCUCCACGCUUUCCACAGCCCACCGGGGCCGGGGCUCUGGGGGCGAGCUGCUCCACCCCACGGGCACCCUGCUCCUGCAGAGCCCCCGGCGCUCCAGCUCCGGGGUGUACAGCUGCACGGCGAGCAACGCCCUGGGCACCGACGCUGCCCUGACCCACCUGCACGUCCUCUGA